GAACGCAAUCUGCUCGCGAAGAGAGAAGUUGGCUUUGCCUUCACCUGUUGUAUCGCGGUGCCCCGUUCGAUUCGGAUGCGAUCGAUUUGCCAGUAAAAAUAUUGAAUUUCGCUGAAUAUCUAGUGGGCGCACGCGGCGGCGUGCUUUUUGUUGUAUUUGUUGACAUGUGAGGGAAUUUCUCGGGUUUUUUAGAUCAGUAGCCGGUAUCAGUUUGUGUGGUUUGUUGUGUUUUCGGGACUUGGAAACUGGUGAAAAUGUGCAGCAAGGAACAGAUCACGGAGAUUAUGGAUAAGAUCCAUUCGGGUCUUCCGAAGUGCUCCUUGAAACUUCCGGCCUGGGAUAAUCUAACCAACGCGCUGCCUCGACUACACAUUCCAGCCAUGCCGGCCGUGCGGUCCAAGCGCGGCUGGUGCGGCUGUUUACAAGAUGACGAACCACCUGAAAUCACAUACUGUGUGGUGGAAAACACAGGGACCCUUACUCUACAAGCUAUCACGCCCACACAACCGAUGCCUUCGCAAGAAGAGUUGGACCAAAAAUUUGCAGAACUUGUGGAGGAACUUGACUUGACAGCUCCUAACAAAGCCGCCAUGAUGAGCCUACCUCCGCAGAAAAAAUGGCAGAUAUAUUGCUCAAGAAAAGGAGAAGACACAGUGGACCAAACACAUGCCCCCGAACACUAUAUUGAAAGACUGCAAACAUUAGCCACAUUACAAUACCCAGAAACGAAUACCGAAGAAGAAGUGCGAUCGAGGACCAAACAGAUAGACGGCUUGAAAACGGCGCUCAGGACGUCGACGCACAGUUUUGUGAUAAAAUUCAUCGAAUUAGAUGGUUUGCUGAGUCUGCUCGAUUGCCUGGAAAGGAUGGACUACUUCACCGCUCAAAGCUCCAUCCACACCAGCAUCAUCGGUUGCGUCAAGGCGCUCAUGAACAAUUCGACCGGCAGGGCGCACGUUUUGGCUCACCCGACUAGUAUAAAUACGAUAGCUCAAUCUUUGGGGACGGAGAAUAUCAAAACUAAAAUCGCCGUGCUCGAAAUACUGGGAGCGGUGUGCCUGGUGUCUGGAGGACAUAAAAAAGUUCUAGAUGCUAUGCUGCAUUACCAAAAAUACGCUUUCGAGAGGACGAGGUUUCAGGGGAUCAUCAACGAUUUGGAUAGAUCAACAGGAAUCUACCGGGACGAGGUGAACCUGAAAACCGCCAUCAUGUCCUUCGUCAACGCCGUCCUCAACUACGGCCAAGGCCAGGAGAACCUCGAGUUCCGGCUGCACCUGCGCUACGAGUUCCUCAUGCUCGGCGUGCAGCCAAUCAUCGACAAGCUGCGCGGCCACGAGAACGAGACGCUCGACAGGCAUCUCGACUUUUUCGAGAUGGUGCGCAACGAGGACGAGAAAGAGCUGGCGCGGAAGUUCGGGCAGGAGCACGUGGACACGAAGAGCGCCUCGGCCAUGUUCGAGUUGAUUCGCAGGAAGCUGUCGCAUACGGCUGCCUAUCCGCAUUUGCUGUCCUUGUUGGAGCACUGUUUGUUGCUGCCGUUGGACUAUGGAGCGCAUCCGCAGCACUGGUUGCUUUUCGAUAGGAUCGUGCAGCAGAUCGUGUUGCAGCAGAAGGACGAGGAUGAUACGCAUGCACGCGUGAAAAACCCCGACGUGUCGCCGCUGUCCAUCGACGUGCAGCAGCUGGUGCACCUGCUGGCCAAAGAAGAAGAGCUGGUGGAGGCGCGCAGGAAGGCCGAGGAGUUGGAGAGAGAGAACGGCGACAUGUCGAGCCGGCUAGCCGAGAGGGAACGCGAGCUGGACAGGCGCGGCCAGGAGAAGGAGGACCUCGAGACGAGUCUGGGCAGGAUCAAGGAGCGGUUGGAGAGGGAGACCAGCGCCCACAUCGAGACCAGGCAGAGACUGAACGAGGCGGAAUACAAAGCCGCCGACCUCGACCGCCAAGUGCACAACGAGCGCGGCGAACGCCACCGCUUGGAGCGACUCGUCAGCUGCGGUUCGCUGCCCGACGACGCCAAAGCCAUCGGCCUCAACAAGUCGCUGGACGGCGGCGUCGCCGAGUGCGCGAACGAGUUCGUCGGCGCCCCGCCGCCGCCUCCGCCGCUGGCGCCACCUCCUCCACCGGCGCCCGGCCCUCCGCCGCCGCCGUGCGUGCCGAUGGCGCCGCCCGCGGAACCGCUCAAGGUGGAGGCCGUCAAAAAGAACAUUCCUCAGCCAGCAAAUCCGCUGAAGAGUUUCAAUUGGUCCAAAUUGCCUGAUGCCAAAGUGAACGGCACCAUCUGGAGCGAAUUGGACGAUAGCAAAUUGUACAAUACCAUGGAGUUAGAUUGCAUUGAUAAGCUGUUCUGCGCUUAUCAAAAGAAUGGAGUGGCGAACGAGGGCUCCAUCGAAGACCUCCGCCAGAUGGGCAAGAACCGCGCCAAGGUCCUCUCCGUGAUCGACGGCCGUCGCGCCCAGAACUGCACCAUCCUGCUGUCGAAGCUGAAGAUGUCCGACGAGGACAUCACCAGGGCCAUCCUCAGCAUGGACGGCGCCGAGCAGCUGCCCAUCGACAUGGUCGAGCAGCUGCUCAAGUUCACGCCCAGCUCGGAGGAGGCGGCGCUGUUGGAGGAGCACAGCGACGAGAUCGACUCGUUGGCCAGGGCAGACAGGUUCCUCUACGAAAUCUCCAAAGUGCCCCACUACGAACAGCGUCUGCGCAGCCUGCACUACAAGAAGCGCUUCCAAGUGGCCCUAAACGAGAUAGUGCCGCGCAUCACCGGCGUCAUGGAGGCGUCGCGCGAAGUGUCGCGCUCGCGUCGCCUGCGCAAGCUGCUGGAGAUCGUGUUGGCCUUGGGCAACUACAUGAACCGCGGGGCGAGGGGUAACGCUUCGGGGUUCAAGCUGGCCUCGCUGAACCGGUUGGGCGACACGAAGUCCAGCGCUGCGAAGGGGACGACGUUGUUGCACUAUCUGGUGCAGAUACUCGAGAAGAAGUUCAAGGACGUGCUGCGUCUGGACGAGGACCUGCCGCACGUGCGCGACGCCGCCAAGGUGUCGCUGGGCGAGCUCAACAAGGACGUGGCGCAGCUGAGGGCGGGGCUGCGCGAGGUGGCGCGCGAGAUCGAGUUCCAUCGCAGCCAGAACGGCAGCCCGGCCAAGGGCGAGGCGGCCGACAAGUUCGUGCCGGUGAUGCGCGAGUUCCAGGCGACGGCGACGUGCCGGCUAGCCGAGGUCGAGGACCAGUACCAGGACAUGAAGACCCGAUUCGAGCGCGCCGUUCGUCUGUUCGGCGAAGACUACACGAACGCCCAGCCGGACGAAUUCUUCGGCGUGCUGGACACGUUCGUGGUGGCUUUGAGCGAGGCGCGGCAGGACAACGAGAACGCGCGCAGGCGGCAGGAGGAGGAGGAGAAGAGGGCCAAGCAGGAGGCGGAGCUCAAGAAGCUCACGCUGGAGAGGAAGCACAGCCGAGAAGGUAUCCUGUCGUCGAUCAAGACGAUGAGCCUGCAGAGGGGCGAAAAACUGACCACGCCCAACGACAAGGGCGAGUUCGACGACCUAAUAUCCGCCCUGCGAACGGGCGACGUGUUCGGCGAGGACAUGGCCAAGUUCAAGAGGUCGCGGAAGAGCAGAGUGGGAGGAACGGGGGGAGGAGGGGCGGGAGGGUCGCCUCCCAGGAGGAAUUCGAGCAGGGAGGACAGCAGGGAGAGGAUCGUGGGCAGCGGGCGGAGGCAGUAGAGGGGCAGUUUGAGAUAUGACCUUGAGAUGCUUUAGUAGCUACAAGAGGUCUCUUUAAUGAUCGUAGCAAUGAUGAUGACUCCCAAUGGGCACAGUACGUUGAUAAUUGAACGUUUAUUCAACGUCGAAUGGCUAUAAAAUGUGUUACACGUUGGUAUAGUUUCAACUUUGUCAAUGAGAACGUUAUGGGAAUACGUUUCAAUAACAUAUUCAGGGUGUUUCAAAAAAACCUAACCCCCUUGCUAGGGUAGGUAGAACAUUGCAAAAUAAGUUGGGUUUGCUCAGUGAAAAAAUGUCGUAACGGCAUCCGUUUUCAUGAUACAAGGUGUUGAAAAAAUGAUUUUUUUACACAUUUUUCACGAUUAUGUCGAAACUACUGGCAACAUUGUAAUGAAAUUUUGUAUGGAUGUUUCUUGGAAUCUGACACAUCGCAUGCAUUUGUUUUUAUAUCUGACUCAUAGAGGGCGCUAGUUACACGGUUCAUACCGAGUAGUUUUGAACAUAACUUUUUUGAGGUUAGAUUUUUCAAUCCAAAUAUGAUAUUAACUUGAACAUCAUUCAAUUUCACACCAAAAAGGUACUCUUGGUGAAACUCGAUACUAUGUUCCGUUUUCGGAAUAUUUCGAUUUGGAAAUAAUGGAGUAGAAAUGAUGCUGGUAUAAAAU